AUGCUCUUCUCGCUAGCGGUGAUCGGUCUCUCGCUGAUAUCACGACCGGUUCACUCUUUUGAAUUCAAGGCCACGGGUCAGACUGUUCACCUAGAUGGCAUCGAUUAUUACCUACCUGCCGAGCCAGUGACUUUGAUUCACGCACCCAACUCUAUUCGCGCCGAAGCAGCGAGAUCCGGAGGUCUUACACCUCUGACCGUGGUCACUGUCAACGACACAGCUUUCACCAGUCAAAGCUUGCAUGCGGCUAUAGCGAAUUACGGGGCCUCAGACGACGUUUUCACAGAUGGCUUCCUCGGCAAUAUCUACCUACAAUACGUUGCCCCCCGACCGCGAGGGUACAGCGUUCCCGAAUACAGCAAUUCCACGAACGCAACCACCCAUGUUUUCAGCAGCUACGUGAAGAACGCCACAAUCAUACCUCCCGGGCCCUACUUUCUCUCUUCCACAGGUCAAGUCUACCAAGCCUGGAGACUGUACAGCGACUUCGCUGGUGCCUUCACCGAGUCAGUCAUUGCCAACCGAGACGGCUCUUUCGAUGUCCUGCCAGCUAGCCUGCCUGGACAGUCCUUGGCUAUAGCCGUUCCUUCCAGACUUUACUACACCAAAUCUGCCGAAAAACCUCUCGCAGGUGUACGUCUUGGCAUCAAGGACAUUUACGAUAUUGCAGGGCUGCGAACUGGAAAUGGCAAUCGUGCCUGGUACCAUCUCUAUGGCCCGGCUAUUGAGCAUGCUACGCCCGUGAAACGACUUAUCGACGCCGGUGCUGUCAUUGUGGGCAAAAUGAUUACUUCUCAAUUUGCGAAUGGAGAAGAGGCAACAGCUGACUGGGUCGACUAUCAUAGUCCUUUCAACCCUCGAGGUGAUGGGUAUCAAGAUCCUUCGUCUUCCUCUUCCGGCCUUGGAGCUGGUGCUGCAUCUUAUCCUUGGCUGGAUCUCACUCUCGGUAGCGACACAGGCGGAUCUGUUCGUGGCCCAUCUCAGAGACAGGGUCUGUACGGCAAUCGACCAUCACACGAUCUUGUCUCGCUGGAGAACACGAUGCCUCUAGCGCCCGAACUAGAUACCGCUGGUCUUCUAACAACAGAUCCCAUCCUAUGGACCGAAGCAGCUCAAGCUCUGUAUUUGUCAAACAUCACCAUCUCGCACUCUUAUCCAAAACAGAUCAAAGCAUACGGAUUUCCGCAGAACGUAACUUCCAGCGGCGAUGAUCUACUUUUGGACUUUCUGAACAAAGUCAGCGGCUUCCUCGGCGCUGAUGUUGCAGAAUACAACAUUGAAGCUCCAUGGAAUGUCACAAGCGACCUCGAUACUACUCUAUCAGACCUGACAUAUCUCACCUACGGCACCCUCAUCGCCAAACGCCAAGCCUCUCUCAUCCGCGAUCCAUUCUUCGCAGACUACGCUGCCGCUCACGACGGCCGUCGUCCGUUCAUCGACCCCGCACCUUUGGUCCGAUGGACCUGGGGCGACUCCUUGCUCGAGACCGCCGUUGAGGAAGCCAAUGCCAACCGCACUCUCUUUGCAGAUUGGUUCUCAGACCACGUCCUCGUGCCAAACAAACAGACCUGCAGUGACUCUCUUCUACUUUACGUCGGUUCUCAAGCCACUGUCAACUACAGGAAUGAAUAUCAAGAUCCGCCGACUGUGCCAUUGGGCGGGAACAUUAUCAGUCGCGCGUCGCCGUUCUGGGGAGGGCCGGAUUUCGUGGUGCCUAUAGGCUCAGCGAAGUACUACAGUAAUAUCACACAGCAUGAGGAAGUUUUGCCUGUGACAGUUGACAUUAUGGCCGCGAAGGGGUGUGAUGGGAUGAUAUACGGGCUUGUGCAGGACCUCGUUAAGGAGGGAAUUUUGAAGCCGAGUGUUGCUGGAUACAGUAGUACCGAGGGCGGCGAAG